GAUGAGUCCGUUUCGGUUACCCAAGUUAAGGUGCAUUGCAUACUCGAGGCUUUUGAUCGGAUUCUGACCCCUUUGGUGUUUUAUUUUAUUUUUUUGGGGUUUCAAUUGAGGGGAGAAGAGCAGUCACCGGUGGUGGUGGGGAAGCAACACCCGCCAACGUCGAAGGAUGAGUUUUCUGAUUGGCGACACAAGAUGCAUCUCGAUGGUGACGAUGAUUCAACCGAGGAUAGGGCCGUGGUUGGCCAUUGGAGAAGGAAGAAAUCGCAAAGGGCAGCAGUCGUGGGUGGGAGAGGAAGCGACAUAGAAUUGUUCUUUUAUUUUUAAUUAAUAUUUUUUUAUUAAUAAUGUAUUCUGAUUUUUUUUAUAAAUGUAUAUAGUAAGUUGUGAACAAUAAUUGUCAUUGAAUAAUAUUUUGUUGGUG